AUGGAAUCUGACAGUAUUGAAGAUCUUUUUGCAUCUUUGAAGCAGGCUGGAAGCGGGAGCGAAUUUCCAGCGAGCAAAAACGACCAAAAUCGGCCCAAAACUGGCGAAAACGACUUUGAUCAAGAUAAACUGGAAUUCGACGAGGAUUCUAAAAUUUCCCAGCAACAACAGACGUUUUAUGAUAUCGAACAAAGACUUCGUGGCCUGCCGCGUAUGAAAACCAGUUUUGAUGCACUUUCAGGCGCUGUGGAGGCCAAAAAUACGGCUCGUAAAGUGGAAGACCCAGUCUCGAUUCUGCAUUUGCGUAAGAAAGACGCUCAGGCCAAGAAACCAUCUACUUCAGAACAGUGGUUCACGCUCCCAAAGCCAGAACUCACCAGGGAGUUGAAGCGUGACCUGCUACUCAUAAAUCACCGUGCCGCACUGGAUCCCAAGCGACACUACAAGAAAGACAAAUGGCAAGUGCCAGAGCGUUUUUCCGUAGGUACGAUUGUAGAGGACAAGAGUGAAUUCUACAGUAGUCGUAUGACGAAAAGAGAGCGCAAGGGCACGACGCUGGAGUCUUUGAUGGCGAGCGACGACACCAACAAGUACUUCAAGCGUAAGUAUGGAGAAGUGCAGAAGAACAAGACCAGUGGCGCGAAGGGCCAUUACAAGAAAGUUCGGGAGAGACGCAAAAAGAUUUGA